GUUUAUAGCACGGACACAAAUCGGUUGUGAUCUCACAACCGCCGUAAAACCGCUAGGAAAAACAUGGCCGCUCAGGUGCACACUCUCAUAUACGAGGCCUUGGAUUGGACGAUGCUUUGGAACCACGGCAGGUGUCUGACGGCAUGGUGGGGCAGCUGGCAGCUCGACGGGCAGCUGGAGUGAUAUUGCAGAUUAUAAAAGACGGGCAAAUUGCUGGACGGGCAGUUCUUAUCGCUGGCCAGCCUGGGACUGGCAAAACUGCCAUCGCUAUGGGUAUUGCUCAGGCACUUGGUCCGUACACACCGUUUUCUGCUAUGUCAGGAAGUGAGAUCUUCUCUUUCGAGAUGAGCAAGACAGAGGCCUUGAGCCAGGCCUUCCGCAAAGCCAUCGGUGUCCGAAUAAAAGAGGAGACUGAGAUUAUUGAGGGAGAAGUGGUGGAGAUUCAGAUCGACAGGCCUGCAACGGGAACGGGUGCAAAGGUGGGCAAGCUGACUCUGAAAACUACAGAGAUGGAGACCAUCUAUGACCUGGGAAAUAAAAUGAUUGAAAGCCUCACUAAGGAGAAAGUCCAGGCUGGGGAUGUGAUCACUAUCGAUAAAGCCACAGGAAAAAUCUGUAAACUGGGAAGGUCUUUCACCAGAGCUCGAGAUUACGAUGCAAUGGGAGCGCAGAUGCAGUUUGUGCAGUGUCCAGAGGGGGCGCUCCAGAAGCGCAAAGAGGUGGUUCAUACAGUCUCGCUGCAUAAGAUCGAUGUGAUUAACAGCCGCACUCAGGGAUUCCUGGCCCUGUUCUCAGGAGACACAGGAGAGAUUAAAUCAGAGGUGCGCGAGCAGAUCAAUGCCAAAGUAUUUGAGUGGAGAGAGGAGGGGAAGGCAGAGAUCAUACCUGGGGUCCUCUUUAUAGAUGAAGUCCACAUGUUGGACAUUGAGUGUUUCUCCUUCCUAAACCGAGCCUUAGAGAGCGAUUUUUCCCCCGUCCUCAUCAUGGCUACUAACCGAGGCAUCACCAGAAUCCGAGGCACCAACUACCAGAGUCCUCAUGGCAUUCCUAUAGACUUGCUGGACCGCCUACAAAUCAUCGCCACGUCUCCCUACACUGAGAAAGAGACCAGGCAGAUCCUCAAGAUUCGGUGUGAGGAAGAGGAUGUGGAGUUGAGUGAGGAAGCUCAUACGGUGUUGACUCGUAUCGGGCAAGAGACAUCGCUCCGUUACGCCAUUCAGCUCAUCAGCACCGCAGGCCUGGUGUGCCGCAAACGCAAGGGUACUGAGGUCCAAGUGGAGGACAUUAAAUAUGUCUACUCGCUCUUCUUGGAUGGGGCACGCUCCUCACAGUACUUGAAGGAGUACCAGGACGCCUUCAUGUUUAAUGAAACCCAAUCAAGUCAAAUGAAAACGUCUUAAGGAAGGCUGAGAGCAGUGGCGUGCACAGACCUGCAGUGGGGCAGGGGCGAAAGGACCAAAAAGGGGACAAAAAAAAAUACAAAAAUAUUACUUCAAUAAACAUAACAAAAUUUAUUUUGGUACAGAUUUUAACUUUUUAUGAAAUUACCAGUAUUUAAAUCAGUAUUCGUCUAUCUGCUGCUCUUUUUUAAAUAUUUGAAUGACAUCACGAUUAAUUGGAAUGUAUCGUUUAAUGGAGAGCAGCAGUAGGUCAGAAAGCCUCUUCAUUAAACAGACUUCGAAGACUGGAUUUCACAAGUUUUAACGUAGAAAAUGUUCGCUAGCAGUAGCAGGUUCUACUCCUUUUGACCAUUUGGAUGCUACUGUCAGACUGUGUAAGCAUUUGAGGAUAAUGCCAGUUGAACUAUUAUCCUUUCCUUUGAAUCGUCUGAGCAUCUCUUGAGUAAUGGUAUCCAAAACGGUGUAGUACACCCUUGUUCGGUAGAACUCCUCCAAAUUCUCAGGGUGAUGGUCUUCUCCUGUAGACUUGGAACUGUGCUUAUACCUUGCAGGUUUUUUCCGGUCUUGACUCACCAGGUAUUUUGUCAAGAAACUCAAUUCCAGCAGCCUCAACUGAAAUGGGAAUUAUACAAAGAUGCUGUUUGUGGACUACAGUUCAGCAUUCAACACCAUAAUUCCCUCCACACUCACCUCUAAGUUGG